AGUGCUUCCGGUUCAAAGGUUGUUGUUCACGCCAUGUGCUUCUUAUACCUCGAUGUUGUUACUUUUAUGUCCAAUUCAGUGAAGUGACAGAUUAUACCUUUCCUCUUUUUUCCUAAUAUAUUGUAAGUGUACUGUAGAUUCAGUAUGUCGCAUAACAUAUCUUCGUCCAGUGGACGGGAAAAGGAUAAUGGAGUUUCUAGAUUCGCGUGUCCUGCAGACUUUGUGCCUCUUCAGUACAGCUGCAGUGAGAAGUGUGUGUUGGAGAGAGGAGAAAACACGGAGCUGUGGCUCAUUAAAGCUCCAGCUCGCUUCAACCCCAGCAGUCUGGCAGAUUUGAAAGUGUCCUUAUCAGGCCUGGAGAUGAUCCAGUCUACUGAUGCAUCUCCUCAGGUCUACAGUGUUCUCUCAAGCUGCUCAGGCCCUACUGACCUCCAUCUUUUCACCUCUAGUGAUAAGCAAAACGCAUGUCCCAGUGUUUCUGGCUUUGCUGGAAUCCUCAAUAUCAGUGAAAGUUAUGGGGACUGCAGUGCUAAUCAGAGCCCUAUUCCCAUCCCAGCAGCCCCUGCUCCGUGCUUCCCACCCGGCCUGAAGCAGCGCUUCCAGCCCUUCGGCAGCUCUACACCUGCUCGCAUGUUUCAGAGCACCACCUCGACCUCUCUUUUGCCACUACAGAAAGCAGAGCUGGAGUCUGAGGAGACUGAAGUCCAGAGUAAAAAGAAGAAGAAAAAGAAGAAAGAGAAGCACAGUAGACAGGAGCCCAUGGCCCACAUUAAGAAGGAAGAAAUAUAUUAUGAGUGUUGUGAGCUGCAAGUCCUGGAGCCAGUGGAGGAAGAUGGGACAGCAGAGAGAAAGAAGAAAAAGAAGAUUAAAAAAGAAAAGGAGUCACAGGAUGAGUUUGCCAUUGAUGACAGUUUGAUAACCAAAGAGGAACCAAUGGACACGUCAUAUGGUGAUCGUGAGAGCCCUGUGAAAAAGAAAAAGAAGAAGAAGAAGAAGGAACAAGAUGAGUAAACAUUCAUUAAAGGUCAUUAUACACUCUAUUAGGAACACACUUUUCCAGUCUUCAACUAUCCAGUGUUUGUGAAACUGUCCCCACUGCAGCCUCAGCUUUCUGUUCUUGGCUGACAGAAGUGGAACCCGACGUGCUUUUCUGCUGUUGUAGCCCAUCUGUCUCUAGGUUAGACGUGUUGUGCAUUCUGAGAUGCUUUCCUGCUCACCACAUUUGUACAGAGUGGUUAUGAGUGACUCUAGCCUUUCUAUCAGCUCAAACCAGUCUAGCCAUUCUCUGCUGACCUCUCUCAUCAACAAAGUGUUUCCGUUUGCAGACCUGCCGCUUACUAGGAUACUGUUUUUUGUUUUUUUUUUCUUUUUCCUUUAUUGCGCCAUUCUGUGCAAUAUUGUGAACAUUACCCGAAUCUGCUGGCCCGUAUCUGCAUGAUAUUCUGCACUGCACUACUGACACACGAUUGGCUGAUUAGAUAAUUGCAUGAGUGAGUAGGUGUACGGGUGUUCCAAAAAAGUGCUUUAGUGAAUGUUUAUUUUGAUGGUAACUAUGGUGAUUUUUAAACUUUUAUGUCAGAAAAGUUGACUACAACAGUUAGUCAUGUUACAACAAACUGUAGGCUGAAACACAUAAAUGAAUUUAUUGCAUCCUUUUUGGCAAGGUGGCAUAAACAAAUACUGAAAUGUCAUGCAGAAGACAACAUUUUUAAUCGUAAAUCAUAUUUUGCUAAAACGUUACUUGUUGAAUUCAGUUGAUCACAAAUGUUUGCAUACCCUUAAGACAAAUUUGUGAUCUUUUUUUUCCCUAUAUAGGAACUUCAGAUUAUAUUACAUAAUACAUGGCUUCGUUUGUUUGUUUUUUAACACAAAGAUCCCACACUGUAGCUUUAUGAUAUUAAUAAUAAAAAAAUUACUAUCAGUGCACUGUGAUGUACAGUACAGUUCAAGGUGCUUUAUUGCUGGACAAAACCACUUGGGUGGAAUUUGGUUUCAUACAGAUCUGUGUAGGUGCAAAUCAUCAGUAAAAUGAGGAACAGCACAAAACACAUACAAAAAACAUAAUAAAUUGCAAAUAUUACAAUCUAAAAAAUUUAGACUAAAUAUUCUUUAUAAUGUAUAUUCAUUAAUUCAAACUGUUCUUUAAUAAUGUAUUUAACUACUGUAUAUCUUUAUAACUAGCUCCAAACCUUUUUAUUUCCUCUGAACAGCGUUUGUAAUCUCUCAGAUGUAAUAUUCACCCUUUCCACCUCCACCACCCACCCACGUUCUUCUACUAACUCUGAUCUAACUGUGCUAGGUUGCUUGGCCAAUCUUCACCCAUCCUUUUUUUAUUUUAUUUUAAUGUCCACUACAUGUCCUACACUGUGUUUUUUGAAUCAGGGUGAAACAUCCAGCUUAGUGUGACCAGCUGCUAAACCACAAUCUGAGCUGGACAAACUCGUAGACCAUCUCUGCCAGCUGGUAAGUGCUGGUGGGAAGGAAUCAGUUUCUGAAUUACUGCUGCUAUUAUUACAUUGUGCUAAACCUGUAAAUUAAAUCCCAGUUCAACAUGUCAUAUUAGGCUAUAAUAAUGCAAUAUCGAAAAAAAAGUACUUAUUUCAUGUAAAUUCUCACAUAACUAAUAUGUCCAGCUAACUGUUAAUGAUUACAUGUCGCAUCAUAUAUCGAGAGGAUUUUAAUUGCAUUUAGUAUAUUUAUUGACACAACUUUGUUAUUUAGCCGAUUAUGUAAGAGUGCUCAUAGCAGCAGUCAAGGAAAGAGAAGGAACUGAUGUGCAAUAUUGGAUGAUAUGCUACAUAACAUCAUUUGCUGAUGUGGGAAGUAGCAGAGAGUCACAACCUUGAUCUCCGGUGGUGCUGCAUUAGUAGAUAAGUUCACAGCUUCCCUCAAUCACUCCACAAUCACUGCAAUACCCACGCAUUCGUGACAAAACCAUUUUAAAAGUUCAUCGUCAUUAUUGUCAACACAUUAACUAAAUUGCCCCAUUAAAUGUCAACAGCGAGGAGCAUGUCUUAGUGCUUUAGGAGGCCUUUAGGCCAGUGGUUUACAAACUUUUCA